CUCUUUUUGUCUGUGUCGUGUCACAGUAUAAAGAAGCUCCCAAAAGAUACAAAGUGAGAUAAACAAUCAUUUGAGCAGUUUCUCAGAAAAAACAAGGAGAAAAGCUACAGCUCAGGAUAAGCUUCUGACUGAGACGGCUACGAGUAACAGGUGAAACAGCAGUUUGCCUCUGAUUCCUGCACCUCGUUCAUCUGCAGGUCUUGUUCAAAGGCAUGUCCAUCAGCGACCCUACUGAAACCCUUUGAAGUACUGUAUUUCUGGACCACAACAAGACCAAAUGGCUUCCCUAACUGUUCACCUAUCUGUGGUUGCACUUUUUCUUAGUGCUAUUCAACUCAUUAGUGGCUACAGCUUUCGCAACUGCAUAGCACACCUGGAUGGUAAAAGUUUUGGCUGCUUGCAUCGACAAGUACAGAACAUAUCUGCUAUAAUAAGCGACCUGCCACCAUCGGCCACAACUCUGAACAUCUCCUUUACCUAUGCGUGGAAAAUUCAUAACAGCAGCUUUGCUCAUCUUUCAAACCUUCAGAACCUCAGGAUGGAUCAAAAUAAGCUGAGAGUCAUCGAUGAGCAAGCCUUCCAAAAUCUGCAUGAUCUCCAAUCUCUAAAUCUGUCGUUCAACAACUUGUCAGAGCUCCGACCUCUUCUGUUUGAGGACCUUCACAACCUCACCUUCCUGUCGUUGGAAAAUAACACGUUAAAGGAGCUCCCUGAGGGCAUUUUCUCUUCUCUUCUUAAUCUAAGCAAAUUACUUCUGAAGGAUAACCUUCUGAAGGAUUUCUCAGGAAUUACUAAAUCUGUAUCACAUCUAGAUAAACUCAUGGUACUGGACCUUUGCUAUAACAAUUUGACGUCUCUCAGUCACUCAAAUGUGUCUUUACCCAAAUCCCUCACUAAGUUGUUUCUAUGUAGAAAUAACCUGAAAACAUUAGGCUGCGACCCAUCAUUUCUCAGUUCUGUUAAAAUGUUGGACUUGUCAUUUAAUUUACAUCUCCCGGCGACAGCUUUUCAAGGAGUGGACUUGAGAAAUUUAAACUAUCUGGGUUUACAGUCAACAAGUGUUAAAGUCGUGCAGUUAUUAAACAUCAGUAAUGUCAGUGCGGGUCAUAUUAAUUUCUCUGGGACUGGUUUAAAGAAUGACAGCCUGCUCAAUGAACUAUGCGCAUCACUGGAGAAAAAGGUCAGAUGGAUUAAAUAUUUAAGACUAAAUAGUAAUGGGAUUGAGAAUAUUACAAAACAGACACUGUUCAAUUGUCCUAAUAUUACAGGGGCUCUGGAUUUAUCCCACAACCAACUGAGGAACAUAGGGUGCUUGAAUUUUCUCGGGGGACAAAAACGCAUCACUAAAUUCAGUGCAGAGCACAACCACCUUACCGAGAUCCCAUCUUGUGAUCAACACAGGAUGUAUUUUUUCGAAAAACUGGAAGACCUGAGCUAUCGUUACAAUCGCAUCCUCAUAGUCAACUCCUUUGCUUUCAUUCAGACACAAAAUCUCAAGGUGCUGAAACUCAACAUAAACAACAUUGCUUUUUUAGACCGUGAAGCCCUUAAAGGAUUAACGAAGCUAGAGACUCUCAGACUGGAUAAUAACCUGUUGACUGACUUGUUUAAUGAAACAUUUGCGGACAAUGUCAACCUGAAAACCCUUAAUCUACGCAACAAUCGGAUUUCUGUUAUAUUCAACGGGAUUUUCCAAAACCUGAGAAAUUUAACAAUACUGGACCUCGGAGGUAAUAAAAUCACGCAAUUUCAGGCAUCUGGCUUCAGUGGGUUAAAAAGCUUGUCCAAACUCUAUCUCGAUGGAAACAGCCUAAAACAGAUCGACACUUCGUUCUACCAUGAAUUCCAAAACACGCUCACAGUGCUAGAUUUACAAAGUAAUCAGAUCCGCUUUCUCAAAGAAAAUGUCCCAUCACCAUUUACGAACUUCAGCAAACUCAGGGACCUGAAAUUGGAUAAGCAGCGGCCUUAUGGCCUCACCAUUUUGCCUUAUAAUUUAUUCCGCGGACUGCAUUCCCUGAAAUCUUUGUAUCUCACCCACAAUAACAUCUUUCGUCUCGAUCCGGAAACCUUUGAUGAUCUGACGAGCUUACAGUUCCUCACGCUAGAUAACUGCUGUGUUGGUGGUGUGGCACAGUUACAACCAGGAGUCUUUAAAAAUCUAAAAAAUUUGACCAAGCUCGUGGUGGAAAAUAUGGGUAUUCAGAACUUCUCCAAGGAGGUUUUUGGAAAUCUUACACAGUUACGCACCCUUCAGCUCAACCGCAAUGUGAUGCACAGUAUUCCUGUAGAUGCACUAGAGAGUUUACCUAAACUCAGCUACAUUGACAUCCGCGAUAUUCCUUUGAGUUGCACCUGUACGAACAUCUUGUUGCAAAACUAUACCGUGCAUAAUCCAAAUGUUCAGGUAGUCUAUCUCUACAAUAUGCCCUGCCAACAGGGGAAACGAAACAAAUUCUACAACUUUGACACCAAAGUUUGUUACUUGGAUAUAGGAGAGUACAUGUUCUUCAGCACUGCAGCUGCAAUCUUGCUUUUUACACUUACUCCUUUACUUUAUGUUAAACUUUACUGGAAAGUUAAGUAUGGUUAUUAUGUGUUCCGCUCUUGGUUUAGUGACCAUUGGAGCAGAAUCAGAGACGAGGAGGAAAAUUGCAAAUAUGAUGCAUUUAUCUCCUAUAACUCCUCUGAUGAAGAGUGGGUCAUGGAUUAUUUACUACCCAACCUGGAGGGGCAUGGAUCAUCUUUUAAACUCUGUCUACAUCACAGAGACUUUGAGUUGGGCCGUGACAUCGUGGACAAUAUUGUCAACGCGGUGUACAGCAGCCGUAAAACUAUCUGCGUGGUAUCCAGGAACUUCCUGCGAAGUGAGUGGUGUUCCCUGGAAAUUCAACUCGCCAGCUACAGACUCUUUGACGAAUACAGAGAUGUUCUUCUGCUUGUGUUUCUGGAGCCGAUCUCUGGGAGGCAGCUGUCAUCCUAUCACCGCAUGAGGAAAGUGAUGCUGAAAAAGACUUAUCUGCAGUGGCCUGGCUCAGAUUGCACAAAUCCUGUUCAGGCCCAAGAGCUGUUCUGGAAUCAGCUGCGCAGGGCGAUCAGAACAAAGAGCAGACAGGAAACUGAAGAAAAUGACAUUAAUGAUCACGCUCCAGAAAGUAAAAAAAAUGAACUCUUUGAGGAUCACUCAUCUGAUGAAAAUUAUUACCUACUACCUUGAAAAAGAGACUUUUUAUUCAUAAGAAACCUCUCAACAUGUCAAUUGCCAUUUUGCUUGUCAUAGAUUGAAUCUACAUAAAUGAGUAAUAUAUCCCUCCUUAUAUACAUGUAUCUGCAAUCUCAUUCAGUGAUUGUGAUUGAGCUUUUAUGUUAAGUUUUAUGUUUAAUACUAAUCAAAAUUGUCUAUUAUACACAAUCAAAUGCACUCUUUAUUAAGUUUAGGGGAAAAAAGAAAAAGUUUAACAAAUGACUAAUGCUUUUUUGCAUAGAAAAUAAAUGUUUCAGCUUGUGCAAAAAAUCUGGUGAAUAUGUGUAACAAAAAGAAGCAGCAGUUCUUGUGAUGACAGAAGUUUUUUGUUGAUUUUAAUGAUAUUUCUAAUAAAAAUUGUAC